AUGGCGGCGGCUGGACCUGAGAUCGUGCUGGCUGCGCGCAGUUCAGAUGGAAUCAGCCUGACCCCUGGCGUCGAGGGUAGUCCCAGCUUCCUAACCAAGCACAAUGACUGCAAGUGCAUGACCUUUAGCCAGGCCGGCGAUAUUCUGGCUUGGUGUGAUGGAACAAACGUGCUGGUGCACCAAGUUUCGACAGGCGUCAAGCUGUGCGAGAUUCCUCGCCCGCGCACCGUGGACCUCGUCCUGUCCCCGCGCCAAACCUACAUUGCUCUGUGGGAAAACUAUGCCGUGCGCGAUGACAAGGGCGAGGACAACUUCACCGUGUUUCGUAUCAAGGAUGGCCAACUCCUGACCUCAUGUGUGGCCAAGGCCUACAGCAACUGGAAGCCACAAUGGACUGCCGACGAGCGCCUCUUUGUUCGCAUGACUACCAACACCCUCUAUUGCCACCCGGGUGAUAAUCCAUCUGCUCCGCCAGGCGAAGGGGUGCUGCGCUUUGCAGCCUUCCAACCUGGUAAGAAGGGUGCGCCCUCGGCCGCCCGCGUGUAUUCCGAGCCCAACUUUCAGAAUCCCAUUGCCAACAAGAGCUUCUACAAGGCCGAUAAAGUCGACUUUUACUGGAACAAGUCAGGCUCGGCCGUCCUUGUCAGCACCCAGACAGACACCGAUACUUCGGGCAAAUCUUACUACGGCGAGACCAAUCUCUAUUACAUCAACUCACGAGAUGGUGACUCGAUGACCGUGAGCCUCGACAAGGGUGGCCCGAUUCACGAUUGUCACUGGGCGCCAAAUGGCAAAGAGUUUGCGGUGUGCUUUGGCGUCAUUCCCUCGAAAGUGUGCCUGUUCAACCACCGUUGCGAUGUCAUCAAGGACUACGGCACUGGCCCACGCAAUUUUCUUCGUUACUCGCCCCACGGCAACAUUCUAUGCAUUGCUGGCUUUGGCAAUCUCCAGGGUGAUUUGGAGUUUUGGAGCCGCGAGGACCACAAGCUCAUGACACGGGCCAAGGCGUGGGAUACCACAUACUUUGAGUGGGCUCCCGACUCACGACACGUCAUCACCGCAACUACAGCGCCACGACUCAAGGUGGACAACGGCUACAAAAUUUGGCACUAUGCCAAGGGUUUGGUCAACGAGGUCAAGUUUGACAAAGAGCUGUACCAAGUCCAGUGGCAGCCAGCGCCAGAGGGCAAGUUUCCCAAGCGCUCCCUCUCCCCCAUUUCUGACACGGCCCGCAAGGCUACCGAGUCAAGCGCUAAGAAACAGGUUUAUCGACCACCCGGGGCGCGCAACCGCCCGGCUCCUCCCAAGCUUCACGACGAGCCCAAGGCUGCGGCUGACACUGCCAACCUCAGCAAGACAGCUCUGAAAAAUGCCAAGAAGAGGGCAGCCAAGAAGAAAGCGGCGGAGGAGGCCACCGCUGCUCCGGCUGCUGCUCCAGCGCCGACUGCUUCUGCUUCUGCUGCGCCCGAAGCACAGGCCGACACCAGCAAGAAG